AGGAAUAGUGAAAAUCUUAACCGCAAUAGCUGAUCUUAUCAAAGCUUCGAAAUCUAAUUUAAUCAAUUCUAUUGCAAAAAAUACCGUUAGCCCUAAUAUUAGCUCAAACAAAAAUAUGAGCAAUAACAUCACUCUGGAAAACCUGUCUGUAUAA